AUGGGAAGUCUUUCGAAGAAAUACAGUCAAGACGAUCUCACUCCCGCAAGACGAAAUUUUCAUAUUUUUGGGAAUGGGAUAUCGUUCAGCAUCUCUCCGACCAUUCACAACACCGGAUUCAAACAUUAUGGCCUGCCACAUUUCUACGAUAUUCAAGAGAUUGAAAGCAUGGACGAUGCUGCCGGUUUUGUGAAUGCUCCUGAUUUCGGCGGAGCAAGCGUCACCAUGCCGCACAAGUUGGAGGCGCACAAAUUCUGUCAAGAGCAAACAGAAUCUGCUCGUUUGAUUGGGGCAAUAAACACACUCAUUGUUUCCGAGAACAGGGAUGGAACGCGCAAGAUCAUUGGCGACAACACUGAUUGGUCUGGUUUACACUCCAUCAUUACUUCACAUUAUCACGAGAUUGGCAGCGAUCCCCCAAGAGCUGGUCUGGUGAUCGGUGCGGGUGGCGCUGCACGAGCGGCACUAUAUGCAAUUCAUCGCUCUGGAAUCGAGCACAUUUAUCUCGUCAAUCGCACACUAUCUACGGCCGAGAAGGUCAGAGACGCCUUCAAAUCUUCCUUCGAGAUCACCGUGGUACCAGCUUUGCAGCAACUGCCUGAGAAACCAGGUGUUAUCAUUGGUACUGUCCCUGCUGAAACGACAAGCGAAAAGGAUUUCCAGAAUCUUUUCGCCGAUGAUGGGGGUCUCUGCAUCGAAAUGUCCUAUAAGCCACCACACACUCCACUGAUGGCUGUAGCGGAGCAACAUCCCGGCUGGCGCACCUUGAGUGGUGUUGACGUUUUGCUUGCGCAGGCGUUUGAUCAAUUUCGGUUAUGGACAGGACUUGAGCCGCCGACGGUCCAAAUGAUUGAGGCCGUAAAGCAACGCUCGGAGAAGUGA